CUAGCCUCUCCGUUAAUGAUUCCCAAUCCUCUUAGCGAUAAACGUAAAAGACGUCCUGUUUUUGUACAGUUAACGGAAGAUGAAAUUCAAAAUUUUCUCGCUCGGUCUGACGGUGAAAAAGACUCAAGCGGGAGUGAUUGGGAUGAUGUUGGGGAGACGGAUAUGGCCACCUUUUUUGCCUCCUUGUCUGAAAAGCAAACUUCUCCAAAAAGACGUAAACUAUCACCCAGAGUUUCGGAAUGCACAAGCACUUCUAAAGAUCCCUGUCCCUCACAAUCUUUACAAACGGAGGCUCGUCAAAACAAAGGGGUACUUCAAGACGUCGGUAUAGAUGCCUUGUUCAAUGCGUCGGUGUCGAAGGCGGAAGGCAACACUGAAGUACCGGAGCUUGAUGUGCAUGAUCUGUUUGGUUCAUCUUCCAGUGACUCAGACGCUGAUGGUGAUAUUUUGGAUGGAUGUGAUGAUGAACAGGACGUAUCUCUGUCCGAAUGCGGUGCCCGGAUUCAGAAGAGUCUUUCAGUUGCACGGCGCAAGCAGAAGGAAGCCGAGAUCGAGCAACAGGUAGAACGGGCUAUCGUCCAGACUUCGGUGGACGCUUGUCAAACUCCGUCGACUUCUCUGAGCGGCUCGAAAGGGCCCAUCUCUGUCAGCGCAUCAUUGGCUGCAUGUGCUGCCCGUCGUCAAAAAGCCCUUUCAGAUUUGAACAACGCACAGUUGCGAACAGAUCGGCGCCGGUCUUCCCUACCUGACAAUCAUCCGCCUGUAACACCCCAUAAUUCCGAGAAAAAAUCUGUGGUGUCCAGCGCUCCGGACUACUGGCUCGCUGUCCCAACAAAACUCCGUGUCUAUCGCUCGAAAGUUUCUUCGGAAUUGUGGGCGAACCGCACCAGCGACCGUCAGGUAUACGGUUUAUUACAAUUUAUCCAACACCAGCGCUCUCAAGUGACACUGUCCAUGCCUUCUUCGAAGCGCCAAAGCUCUACGGACAGUUUGGUCGUCGUUGGUGUAAUCGGGUCGAAAACGCCUCCUCGCCGUUCUAAAAACGAUCGCAUUUAUUCCAUUUGGCAUCUUAGUGAUCUUGAUCAGGUUGGACCGGGUUCCCAUAUUGGUUGUGUGAAGCUGUUCCUGUUCGGAGACGCGCACGAAAAGUUAUGGAAGGAACCAGAUGGCAGCGUCGUUGCCAUCCUUGGACCGCGUUUGAUGUCAGAUCCUUCUACAUCUUUUAACGACAAGGAUGUUGGAAUCACUCCGCCCUCUCCCCAGCAUGUGAUGGUGUUGGGUCAGUCACCAGACUAUGGGAUUUGCGCAGCCCUGAACAAAUCGGGCCAAUCAUGUUUCCACGUCAUUAAUAAAUCAGUAUGUCGGUACUGUGACCUCCACGUAAAGAAAGCAUAUUAUGAGGCCAGUUCAUCUCGACCCGGAUUUUUCGAUUCCAGCCAUCCUGCCCUAAAGAAGCGGCCGACGAAUCGUUACAAGGGUGAUCGACCACCUGUGAAUGAGCCUGGAGUGUACAGCUUACCAACUUCAAAAAUGUUCAACCCCGUUUCACCCUCGCGUUCCGAAUCACGAGUCAAACUGACAGUGGCAAAGUUGUCAGCCGCUGGCUAUACCGUGGACAGUUCCGUCGGACUCGCAACUCAACAACAUCGGGUUGACGGUGCUGGCGAUCCUUCCCGACCUCCUCCGUCACAGCCAUUGUCUUCACCGGAGCGCAAACUUGUGAAGGCACUUCACCGACCGACUGCCGGGUCUAUGAACCUUCUGCGACAUCUAGAACGCAGCACGCAGCUACUAGAAGUUAAAAAUACGUCAGUAAAUUCUAGGUCACAAGACCCGGGCACAUCAUGCUCGAUGGAGACGCAGUCUCACUCUCAUGUGUGCAGACCGUCAGCGGAUCCAAAAGUUGGUUUUACCUUCUCUGACUUUUUCGCAGCCCGAUCAAAAAAACAGGCGGUGAAACUCACUAAUGACCUACGACCGGGAGAUUUUAUCGACUUGGGUCCCGUGUCUACUUCACAAACACCGAUGUCGCCCAUACUUUCUGGGGCCAGACUGCGUGCGAGCCAGCUGGUGAAAGCGAAAGGUGGACUAAAAGCCAUGGAAGCCCGAGCUAAGCAGCGCAGUGAAGUCUCAAUCAAGGCCUCUUUAGGAGAGCAGUCAGCGGAUCGCCACAGACCGUCACCGCUAUCCCAAAUACUGGACAACAACUCGCUGGGCUCCUCUGCAGCCAAACCAGUUUCGAGUUCAAAUCCCCCUAGCUUGGACGCGCAUCCGAAUGGAACGGAAAACGAGCCACCUGAGAUGAGUGCAGCAGCUGCUCGGAAAAAUAGAUUAGCUGAGCUGGCGAAAAAAGUCCGCGAAGGAUCAUCUCACACGGGUCUCAUUGCUGAGGCCGAAAUAAAUUCCGAACAAGCUCGAAUGGCUGUACUUGAAAAAAGGGACGAAUUUGAACAAAAACUGACAGGCAAAACAGAGGAACAGUGUACUUAUGUAUGCUGCAAAACAUGUAACUACCGUGCAUGGAAGCUGUCUGACGAUUGCCGUAAGAGCAAUCAUUCGGUAGUCUAUUUGAAGGGUUUGAAGCGGUAUUUCAAAUGCAAGAACUGUUUGAAGCGAACUGUAACAUUCGAGCGCUACCCAACCGUCGCUUGCAAAAAUUGCGGUGAAUCUCUUUUCGAGAAGACAGGAAUCAUUCGGGAACGGAAAGGUCCAUUGCUUCCCGGUGAAAAGCUCCUACCUCGCGGAAUCGAGGAAAAAUUUCUCAGUUGACUUUUUAUGUUACAUUUUUGUUAAGCCAUAUUUCAAUAAAACUCUUUGAGUGCCUAUUUUUAUAUUCCCCCAAUCAGAUGAAAAAUGUUUUGUACUACUUUUCUUG